AAUCCUGAAACUGAAGAUUUUCAAGAACUGUACAUGAGAAAAUAAAAGAAGACUAAACCUUAUACGAACCAGAGCUAAGAAGAUGUCGGCAAAGCUUUUGUAUAACUUGUCAGAUGAGAAUCCAAAUCUAAAUAAACAGUUUGGAUGUAUGAAUGGGAUCUUCCAGGUUUUUUACCGGCAACAUUAUCCUGCGAGACGUGUUGUUGUAGCCGGAGAUGAACUCAGGUCUCUGCCUUCAGGGAAAACAAUUGAAAAUGUUGGUGAUACCACCCUUACAAAGGACAAUAAGGAAACGGAGAAGAGUAAGAAGAAGAAGGCUGCAAAAGAGAAACAGAGGGGAGUAGUCUCCUCUGAAUCAUCAUCUAGGCUGUCCUUUUCAUCUUCACCAUGCUCCUCAAGCUUCUCGUCUGAAUCUCAGUUUGAACAACCCGGUUUGAUGCAAACGAGUAACGGUGAUGGUCCAGUAAGAGGUGGUUUAGUGAUGUCGAGUGAUUUAAGGGAGCUUGUGAGAAACUCCAUUCAUAAGGAGACCAGAGCCAGAGAUGAAGAAGAAGCUAAACCAGAGAGAGCUAACGUGUCUCUCCGCAACGAAUCAUCACCAGCUCGGAGAGUAGUGAAGCUGAAAGACAGUCCUCGGUUCUCUUACGAUGAGAGGGAGACAAGAAAGACAGGCGCCAAGUUCAAGGAGACGCCGAGGUUGUCAUUAGACAGUAGAUCGAAUUCCUUUAAGAGUGCAAGAUCUAGCUCUUCACCAGAGCCGCAAGAGCUUGUCACGGGCCAUCACAGAAGAACAACUUCGAGCGUUGUUGCCAAGUUAAUGGGUCUUGAAGUCAUUCAAGACGAGUCUGUCACUGAUCAGGUCAGAGAGAACCGUUUCUGCGACUCUCCAAGGCCAACUCUACAAAGAUCAAGGAGUCCUGAUCCGAUCAAAAAUGUGAUGCCUGCUAAGUUUCCUAUGAAAGCAGCUGCACGGACGCAAGUGGAUGGUGCUAAGAACCAAGUCAAAGGAGUUGAUGCUGCUACUACGCUAACGGUUUAUGGUGAGAUACAGAAGAGGCUUUCGCAGCUUGAGUUCAAAAACUCCGAGAAAGAUCUCACAGCUCUAAAGCAGAUACUCGAAGCAAUGGAGACGACACAGAAGUUGAUAAGCAAAGAUGAUGACAACAAUAGCCUAGUUCCAUCUGCAGCAACAAGCCCCUCGUCCAAGAGUUUCAGAUCUUCGUCUAUCGUGGUUAUGAAAGCAUCUGCUCCAGUUUUCAAAGAGACAGGCAACUAUGGUUCAGCCUCUUCCUCGCCACGGUGUGUUACUUUACCAAAUGUCAAGGUUACAAACCUGCGGCAAAGCCAGAAAGUCUCUCAAAGGAAGCAAAGCGCAAUGGAUGUGACUCCAAGGCCGGGAGUUUACAAGGUCCAGACAGAUUCACCAACAAAAAACACUGGUCCUAGACCGUUGGCCAAGUCAGGAAAGAGCCAGAAGCCUAGUGUCAGCCCAAGAACACAGCCGAAGAAGCUGGGGUUCGAGAAGCAGUCUAGACCAACGUCUCCAAAACCAGAACAGAACAAGAUCCAAAGACAACAACUCAGUAGGCAACAGAAGGAAUCAGCCUCCCCAAGAAGAAUAAAAUCUCGGAGCAUGCAGCAAUCGGAAGACCGUUUAAGUGACGAAAGCAGUGACUUGAGAAGUCUAAGAUCUGACAGCAACGUAAGCUCAGCUUCUAACCUUGACAGUGAGGUUACAAGCAGAUAUAGAUACGAAAGGAACAGCGACUUCACGGAGCAGCAGCACACACCAAAACAAAGGAGUCCAGAAUUGGGAAUGAGGUCGUUGCCAAAACCUCUGAAAGUUACGGUGGAGCAGCCAAGCCCCGUUUCAGUUCUUGAUGUAGCCUUUGACGAAGAUGAGUCACCAUCCCCUGUGAGGAAGAUAUCCGUUGUCUUUAAAGACGAUGAUCAUCUACGUUCUGAAGAGUCCCAGUGGAUGAACAAGCACAAAGCCUUACGUAGAUCGAUCGUGUGGCCUGAGAGUAACGGGAGUCUAGAUCAGUCAGAUGCUGAACUUAAUGAGGGUAUCAUGGAAGAAGGUGGGAAACUAAACAACAAUGGUGACCACCACAAGUACAUCUCAGAGAUACUGUUAGCAUCCGGUCUUCUAAGAGAUAUCGACUACAGCAUGCUAAGCAUUCAGCUGCACCAAGCACACCUACCAAUCAAUCCUAGCCUUUUCUUUGUCCUGGAACAGAGCAAGACCAGUAAUGUGACUCAACAUGACAAAAAGAACAGAGGCAUAGGAUUCGGACAACAACAGACGGCGAACCUGAUAGAGCGAAGCAGGAGGAAGCUUGUAUUUGACACCAUAAACGAGAUCUUAGCUCGCAAAUUCGCAGCAGAAGGGUGUACAAAGCAACCAUACAUAACAUCAUCAAUCAGCCAGCUAAGGAGGACAAACAAGAGUUCAAAAGGGAAUGAACUUCUGGAAACUGUGUGUUCAGAGAUUGAUAGAUUACAAGAUAACUCAAAUUGCAUCUUGGAUGAGGACGACGAAGACCUCAUUUGGGAGGACUUGCAAGGUCAAGGCAUGAACUGGAAGGAGAUUGAAGGAGAGACGCCAGGGUUGGUGUUAGACAUUGAGAGGCUAAUCUUCAAGGACUUGAUCAGUGAAGUUGUGACAAGCGAGGUUGCUGCUUCUCCAGGAAUGCUCAGUGGGAAACCCAGACAGCUUUUCAAUUGCUAAUAUGCCUAAUUACUUAGAACUGUAAAUGAAGGAUCUAAAUAAUCCAUUUUACAGAGUAGAAAAUAUUUGAUUUCUUGGUUCUGUGAACCCUUGUAUAAUCCUUUCUUGUAUUCUCUUCUUAACUGUUUAUGUAAAAAGACUCAACUCAAGAUAAAGCUCAAUGAUGUGAAGACCAAACACCACACUUCUUCCAACAAUUCUGAAUUAAGUUUGAACU